ACCAUAAUCUUACAAAAACUAGAGAACAAAAGUCUUUAUGCCCCCAAUUUCUCUCUUUAGUCUUCACUAGUAUAUACUAUUACUUGGUGUGAUUAUUGGAGAGAGAGAGUCAGAGAAGAGAGAAGAGAGAAGAGAGAAGAGAGAAGAGAAAGAGAAGAAUACAUGAGAGGAGGAGACGAACCCACCUCAAGUUUCGCUUUCUAGGAGACCAGAGAGGGAGAGAGAGAGAGAAGCUCAGAGCAGAAGAAGAAGGAAGAUGAUGAUGAUGAUGAUGAGAGAGAAAGAAUCAGCAGUUGUGGCUACUACAAGGAGACUGCCUUCAGAUUCUGGCGCUUUUGCUGACUGGGUCGCUUCUUCUUCCACCGGCCGUGCCGCCGAUGACCUCUCUCUGGGAUUCAAUGCUGGCCCAGCCGCCGCUGGAAACGCCUCCUCUGCCAGCGGCGGUGGAAUGUGGUCUUCCUCCUCUCGCCAGAUCAAUUACGGCCUCCCACAUGAGAUGGGCAUGGUGGGUCUUCGCGACGUCUUCGUCGUCGCUCCGGCCUCCUCCUUCCACCACAACAACCAGCACGACCCCAUCAUCUCCGAUCCUCACGCCAUCAAUGGCUCGAAUGCAGCCACCGCUCUUGGUGUUGGGGUCGGCGUCGGUGUCAUCCCCCUCCUCACUGCCGCUCCUUGCCUCGCUCCGUCGAGCAUGGGUGGCGUCGACGAAGCAGAUAUGCUAGGCCAUCGAAGCAAAGGCGGUGGAAUACAGUUCUGGCAAAACCAGCAAACCCAGCACGCCAAUUAUCUCAAGAAACCCAUGAUUCUCGAUCACAAUAGCUCUUCCAAUUUGCUCAGCUGUGGCGUUGGUGGAGUCGGUGCUUCGGGUCCUACAACCGCGGGUGGGACGACGUGCCAGGACUGUGGAAAUCAAGCCAAGAAAGACUGCAGUCAUCGCCGGUGCAGAACUUGCUGCAAAAGCCGUGGUUUUGAUUGCGCUACUCACGUCAAGAGCACAUGGGUUCCGGCCGCUAGGAGGCGAGAGCGACAGCUCAUGGUCUCCGUCACUCCCGGAGCAGGCUCUUCAGGGUCCACCUCCGGUGCUAAGAAACCUAGGCUCAUCACUUCACAAACUACUACAACAUCUCAUACUUCCACUUCCAAUACAACUCCUCCAAGAAGCUUUGAUACUAGUUCGAGUCAUCAAGAUGCGAGUUUUAAAGAGGCAUUGCCGGGGCAAGUCCGAGCCCCGGCCGUGUUCAAGUGUGUUAGAGUGACUGCGGUGGAUGAUGGCGAAGACGAAUAUGCUUACCAGGCAGUGGUGAAGAUUGGUGGGCAUGUGUUCAAAGGGUUUCUAUACGAUCAAGGGUUGGAAACAAGAGAUGGGUUUCCCAAUAUCUCAGAGCUGCAUUUGGGUGGUGGUAGUGGUAGUGGUGGCGGUGGUGGGGCUAGGAAUGGGGGGACUUCCUCCCCAAUUCUCGACCCUCCUGAUAUCUAUGCGGCUUCGGGAGGAGGCCUGCUUGGAGGUUCAAGCUACGGUAACGCAAUAAAUUGAAAUUUUCUUCAGGGUUCUAAGAUGGUGGAUGGAUGGAGAGAGGCUCUCGGUGGAAUGACAUUGUAGUCUAAUUCCUCUUCUAUCUACUAAUUAUUGAUAGGGUUUCGGUAAAUUGUUCUUGUAGACUUGUAUCUUGUUAACAUAUAUAUCUCUCUCCCUUCUCUCUCUCUAUUUGCUUCGGCUUUUUGGUUCAUGAUAUUCUUGUUCCUGAUCGUUUCUGUUUGCCUUUCUCAUUGCACAGAGAGGAUCAUUGAUCAUUUGCCGAAGAAGCUAAAUUUUACUACUGUUUAUAAUAAUUCUUGUCUAAAACGUAUGUCGCUUCUGAAAAAUUUGACAUAAUAAAACACUGUUUGCUACUUUGUA